GGCUGAUGCAAACACUACAGAUUUAGAGAUAACCGUUAUAAAUAUUUUGUAUGAGAAUUUCCCCAAAUGUUUCAGAUUUUGUGAUAAAAUUGAAUGAAGUUUUUUGUACUAACACGAUAAAAUGUCUGCAAGUUGUAUUUUCAUCUAUUCUUCGGCAAAAUUGCCUUUGAGAAUAGCCCGACAGAGUCGGCUUUCUUGGUCAUGCUGGACCUCUGAAAAUCGACAUUUUUGUUCUGAAUCCCAACAAAGUGAAGGCAGCAAGAGCACAAAAAUAAGUGGCGAAGAUUUAUCAAGAACUGAAUUUGGAAAUGAAGAAAAACAAGAGGAAGAUAAUGGUUUUCCUUUAAAAAGAAGGAUUUUGCUUGAUCCCUCAGCUGUAAAACAGGUGUUCUACUUUGAUACUCUAGGUUUAGUGAAAAACUUAGAAAAAAAUGGUUUUUCAAGAGAGCAAGCUGAAGGUGUAACAGAAGGCUUUGUUGAGAUUAUACAUUCUACCUUAGAUUACCAGACAAAAAAUAUGGUUACAAAACCACAACAGGAAAUAAUGGUGCAACAAUUAUUAGCUGAGAUUGGUGGGGUUAAAAAAGAUAUGGUUGUUCUUCAAAAGAGUGAAUUUACAGCAUUACAACAUGAUACAGAAAAACAAAGAUUAGAAUUAAAAAUGUUAAAAGAUUCUAUUGAUGAUGAAAUACAGAAAAUAAAGGGUAAAGUUACCCUAGAUAUCAAUUUAGAGAGAGGAAGAGCUAUUGAAGCGCAUGCAGAUAGUGAAAAGGAGGUGAAUAAAUUACAUAAUAAAAUUGACACUGGAAUGGCAAAUCUUAGAACUAUGUUUGAACAGUACAGAAAUGAUGUUUUUAAAUAUGCUGGAGGUACAGUUUUAACAUGUGCAUCUAUAUCGUUGGGAUUGAUUAGAUUAUGGUCAUGAUACAAGAUAUACGCAAGAAAUUUCAACAUUUUCGGGUUUAGUGGAUGUUCGGGAAUAUCGUCGUUGGAUAUAGAAAAAAUACCAUUUUAUAAAGUAAACAUGUAAGCGAGGGAGACCUGAAUUCAAGUAAAACAGAUGCUGUUUAAUGGGAUUAUGGUCGCGAUACAAUAUGUAUACACAAGAAAAUUGAACAUUUUGGAGGAUUUUAGGGAAUAUCAUUGGAUAUAGAAAAAAAUACUGUUUUAUAAAGUAAACAUUUAAGCGAGGGAUCCCAGAACUCAAGAAAAUUAGAUCCUGUUUUGAUUAGUAGUGUUUAAUGGGAUUAUGGUCGUGAUACAACAUAUGUAUACACAAGAAAAUUGAACAUUUUGGGGUUUAGUGGAUGUUAGGAAAUUGGAUAUAGAAAAAAUACCGUUUUAUAAAGUAAACAUGUAAGCAAGGGAUCCCUGAACUCUAAAUAAAUAGAUGCUGUGUUGAUUGGUAUUGUCUAAUAAGGGGGGGGGGGGAACACUUCGGUCUCAGUUGAUCGUCAUCAGAUAUAGAAUGAUAUGUAGAGUGAAAAACAUAGGCUUUAUAUUGCACUUUAUUUCUCCACUUAAUGCCUAUAACUUUUCAGUCUCGAUAUAUGUAUAUGGUAAUGAUGUGUAGAAUGAAAAACAUAGGCUUUAUAUUGAACUUUAUUCUCCAGUUAACAGCUCACAUUAUAAAGUUAACCACAUUCAGUUAUUAAUUAAACAUUCUAGGGACUUUUUUCUUCAGUGGAUGUUCAGGAAUAUUGAUAUAAAAGGGACACUGUAAAGUAUAAACCCCAUUCACUUAUUCAUAAAAUAUUCUGGGGACUUUUUUUUUCUUUAGAGAAGAAUGUGGUUAUGUUUCUGUAUAUUAAGAAUUUACAUAGAAUUUAUAGGUAUCGAUUAUGUGUGGUUUAAUGGUUGAGAGCGGGACAUUAAGUAAUAUAUUGAAACAACACGAGGUACGUUAGUCCUGAGCUGUUGUUUCAAUAUAUUACACAAUGUCUUAAGCUCGAGACCAUUAAACAACUUAAAAUACAGACACUUACACGUGCUUUGUUGUGAAAUACAUCAAAGAAGUCCAAUAUUUCAACUAGUAUAAAUAAUAUACGCUUGACACAUUGCCUGUACCAUUAUUUCAAAUAAUGGUACGCCAACGUCAAAGGAUGACGUCACAUCUGUAUUUUAAAUCCUGUGAAUACAUGUAGCUCUUUUCCCAGACCAAUUUCAUUGUUGUUUGUCAAGUUUAAUCUUGAAUUUUGGGUCCAGCAGUGCUGCCCUGUCAAAAUGGGUAUAUUGGGGUGUGCACAUACACAUUUUUAUUCACAUUCUAUACUUUUAAAUAUUUAUAAUAGACCAAAUGUUAUUUAAUAUUUUUAUCUGUUUUAUGAAUGAUCUGAUCUUUGUUAUGAUUUUACUGUUGUACAAAAUUUAUGCCAAGUUCCCACUGUCAUGCGAUGCGUUACGGUAGGAUUGUCCCUAUUGAGUCCACGAUCUGGUACGUGCAGAUAAGUUUGGAUAAUUUUUGAUACGAUCAACACAAUUGCUACGAGUCACCUCAAUAUAUGAUAAGAGCAGGGGCCUGUUUCACGAAAUUUUAGCUAAGAUAAAAUUCAAAUUUUAGUAAUUUGAUUGGAUAAUAUUAGAUUGAUUUUAGUGGUUAGCCAAUCAAAAUUGAAGUAUCUACUAAAUUUGGAUUCUAUCUUUAGUUAAGAUUUCGAGAAACAGGGCCCUGAUAGGAUCACUACGAUUACUCCACGAUUAAGACCACGACUUCUAUCGCAGCGCGAAUCGUGAUAGUGGGAAUCUAGUAUUAGAUAUAUUUUGUGUUUUAGUUGUUGUAGAAUCUUAUUGUUACUGUCUUGCCAGGAAAUGUGUUUUCGUCCUAUUGUUUUUGCGUUAAUCCUUUAGCAAUUAGAUUGCCCCAAUCCACCCUUACUUGGGCUCCUUUGACUGCCCCAUAACAUACACAGCUAGCAAAUGGUCCUUUCAGUGUACAGAAAACUAUUCACAUAUUUCAGGCAGUUUGAGGCAGUCUAAGAUUCUAAGGAACAGCUGUUUCGACCCAAACCACCCUAACUUGGGCUCCUUUGACUGUUCCAUUACAUACACAGCUAGUAAAAGGUCCUUUUAAUGUACAGAAAACUAUUCACAUAUUACAGGCAGUUUGAGGCAGUCUAAGAUUCUAAGGAACAGCUGUUUCGGUUUGUCCAGGGAUAUACGGGUAUUAAUAUAUUACUUUUCUCUAAUUUUCUUCAAGAGGCGGGGGUAAUCAAUAUUUAUACCAAGUGCUAAAAGGUUAAGACAUAUUUAAAGGGGCAUUAUGGGAGAUUAGAUAAAGAGUUGACAGUUCUCGUUACAAUAGUUAAACAAUAGAUAUUGUAAAUAGAAUAUGCUGAAAAUUUCAGUCAACUUGCUGCAAUCUAAAGGGGCAUUAUGGGAGAUUAGAUAAAGAGUUGACAGUUCUCGCAAUAAUAGUUUAAAAAUAGAUAAAGUAAAUAGAAUAUGCUGAAAAUUUCAGUCAACUUGCUCCAAUUUGAACCGAGAUAUUAGCUUUUGAAUUUUAGGCUAGAUUGAUCAUCAUUACUAAAGUCAGUAUGUUAAAAAACAAAGUCUUGAUUAUCCAUUCUAACAUUUAAUUAUUUUUCAAAAUAUGUAUUCCAAUCCGCUAAAUACCGCAGGUUAACGAUGGCAUCAAGAGUUGAUUGUUGUCUGCAUAAGUUAAUGUCUAAUUAAUAGUUAAUAUAACAUUUGAGACGUAAAGAAGGACCUGCAAUAGGCAGAUUUAGCUCUUGCAUAAUGUAUGUUUAAUAGUUUAUAUAACAUUUCAGACCUAAAGAAAGAUCUGCAAUAGGCAGAUUUAGCUCUUGCAUAAUGUGUGGUUAAUUAAUAAUUUAGAUAACAUUUCAGGCCUAAAGACCUGCAAUAGACAGAAUUACCUCUUGCAUAAUGUAUGGUUAAUUAUUAAUUUAGAUAACAUUUCAGGCCUAAAGAAAGACCUGCAAUAGGCAGAUUUAGCUCUUGCAUAAUGUAUGUUUAACCACUGUAUAUUUAAAGUAGUAGUAACACUAGUCAGUCUUAGUAAACAUAAUACUCAAAAUUCUUUUAGAAGAAAAUGUAUUAACCCAAAGACCGCCACAAACUGCCUCAGCUAGGGUCCCUUAGACCACCCUGUCACAUGCAUAGCUAUGGAACCCGCACCAGCUGGUAAAUGGUCCUGUAAUACAGAAAGGUAUUCACAUAUCUCGGGCAGUUUGAGGCGGUCUCAGGAACAUCAGUUCCAAUCUAUCCAGGGAUGUACCAGUAUUAAUAUAUAAUUUUCAUCUAAUUUGUUUUCCAAAGAAGUGGGGUAUGUAGCACCAUGGGCCUUCUGUCAGACGUAGAGAGCGGACGUUGUCAAACCGGUCGCCACAUCCUACGUAUGACCCAUGCAUCUUUUCUUACUACAUAUCUUAGUAGCCUUGUGAUCGUCUAGAAUUUGUCUCUAGCUGUUUUUGCUUCACCUUCACGUUGUGUAUUUUCUUCUUACUGUUUUCUUAAGACGGUUGUCUCCUCAGUAGUUAUAACAAUGCAACAGUUCGUUUUUACAUUUUAUGUAUCAUAUAGCUGCUUACAUAUGGUACAAUGCAUAAUAGAAUAAAGUCAUUCUCUCAAACCUUAUCCAGCCAGACUCGCUGGGCGAGUCUGCUGAUAGAAACUGCUACAUCUUUUCCCUUCCAGAAUCUGUCUGUUGUCGAGGAACUCAGAUGGAAAUCUCUCCAGAUUCUAAUGAAAUUUGCCAUGAUUUCUUUUAUAGGACCUAUGAAUAACACGCACAAAACUGGCAUAUUCAUGACCCUGAACCUGUGCAAUUACUGAUAUAAUUGGUCCCUUAAACCAAAUGAUGCAAUAGAUAAAUUUCCAAUCACAUGUAUUUUGUUGACACAUAGAACCAGCUAUGUUUUGGCUCUAUAACUCUUUUGAUGUGUCAACCUGUCACCUAUAGUUUUAGAGCAUAUUUAGUACAAUUGGCCAAAGACAUUAAUUAAUGAAACAUAAUGCAACCAUUAAUUAUAAGAGCAAAAAUUCUAGCAAUAUUAAUACAGGUAGUCAAGAGUAACAUGUACCAAGGGAUAAAGGGUUAAUAAAAUAAUACAAAUAUUUUAUUUAUUUAUAAAGAGUCAUGAUACCUUCGAUUCAAUUCUUAUUUCAAUUUUAAAAUUUUAUGAACUUUAGAAAUUUUGAAAUGUACAUCAUUUAUUAGUUAUUUAUAGCUGAACUGGUGCACCCAUGUUGUUCCCAGUUUAAUUUAGGACCUUUUGCCUUCAUAUCAAAUAAGGAAGAAACAUGGCUCAUGUACAGACAAACAAAUAACUUUGUUUUAAUUAGAAACUGUGUAAUAAUAUGUAGGCUAUCUAUGAAGGUACCUCUAAUUAAGUUUAGAAUUAUGCCCCCUUAGAGAGAGAGAGAGAGUAAUGCAUUUUUUAUGGCAGUAUCUGUACCAGAGAAAAUGUAUUUAUCAUUCACCUUUUAGUUCUAAAGUGCAGAGAGAGAGAGUCCACUCAAACUAGGUCAUUUCGGGACUAACAUAUGGUUCAAUUUUAUUUCAAUAAUUCCCUUGCGCGUAGGGAUCUUUAGUAGCGGGAGGAAACCGAAGGACCCAGAGAAAACCCAUGAGGUUUGACAGGUGACCCUACUCCAUGUCACGUACAACCACAAUCAAAAUACAAACCGUCUUUGUGUUUCAAUAUUAUUUUUUUUUAUACUUUAAAUAGAUUUGCACAAACAUACUUUAUAAGGUUGCAUUUUAUUACGAAAUAUAAAAGUAAUAAGAUACAGCAUUCAGAGAAUUGUACAGAAUUCAAGUAGUCAAUAUUUACAUGUUACGGAAAAAAUUACAUUUACUGUAUCACUUGGUUGUUGUUGUUGUUUACAUUAUGUUAUUAUGAACAGGUUGAUUUAAUUACGUUAUUUACAUCACUUGGAAUUCUAUCCUUUAUUUAUAAGUGCAAUCUGAUUAAAACACAGAUCCUAUUUCAUUUUGUUUUUUAGUUCAAAAUUUCGUUUUACUUGUCUUUACUACACUAGGAUCUGGAAGUGUUGUUAUAUUACCUGCGUUUUGGAUGAUGUAAAGGAUUAGCCAAUGAAACGGUCUGCUACGGCGAGUUCUUGGCGUGCUGUGCAUGGAACUGUGAGUAUUCCACUAGAAACAUCAAUGCCAAUUGGUUAAUCAAAUGUCCGAUGUCAUAGGGUCAAAAGCCGCUCGUAUGACCCCUGACACGACCUUCCUCUACAACCGGUCAGAUCUUUAUGUAGUGUAGUCCAUCGAAAGUAUAAAAAAACGAAACCAAAUAUAGAUCUGUAUUUUAAUCUGCCUGUUGUAAGUAGGCCUACUAUUGGUAUUCAAUUUAUAUUUUUUUGUUAACACAUCAAAUAAAUCUAUUGUUAAUUUGAAUAAAUCUAACCAUACAU